AUGAAAUAUAAUUCGAUUUUAAUAAUUUUAGGUACAACAGUUUGGACGGAUCAAUGGACUGCUUAUAACAGAAUAACAGCCUUAACCGGUCUAGCCCACCAAACCAUAAAUCACUCCAUUACAUUCCGGGCCGUAAACGGAAUGCAUACAAAUGGAGUGGAGAAUUUGUGGCAAUGCGCCAAACAAAAAUUUAAGAAAAUGAAUGGUACGUGCGAUGCUCACAUACAAUCGUAG